CGGGCCCGAUUUCUUUCAGCUAGAGGGCUCGGCGGGUUUCCUGACUGCGCAAUUCCAACUACAAAGUCUGUUUGGCGCCACAAAGCAUCCAUUCCCUUCCGCUCCUUCACUCCACAAUUGCAGAGUUCUCGAGGGAAACUAGUAGUCAGCAGACCGCCGCAAGAUCCAACGACGCCACACAGCGGCAGCAGCAGCAGCAGAAAAUAAGCGAAAAGGGAUGGCAGACGUUAGCUCGCCGAUGGACAUAGACCACAAUGGCGAGAAGCCGAACAAACACAACUCGUCAUCCAAAGGCAAAACCGUCGUCGUCGACGGCAAUCCUCCUGCCCAUCCCAAGUCUACACCCUGGGUCGAGAAGUACCGCCCUCAAUCGCUCGACGACGUCGCCGCUCAUCGUGACAUUAUCGACACUAUUGAAAGGCUGACGAACGAGAAGAAAUUGCCGCAUCUGUUGUUGUAUGGACCCCCUGGUACGGGGAAAACGUCCACAAUACUCGCUGUGGCGCGCAAACUCUACGGCCCUGACUACCGUAAUAUGAUACUGGAACUGAAUGCUUCGGAUGAUAGAGGAAUUGAUGUUGUGCGGCAGCAGAUACAAGACUUUGCUAGCAGUCAGAGCUUCUCAUUCGGUCCUAGGUCAUCUGUGAAGUUGGUUUUACUCGAUGAGGCUGAUGCUAUGACUAAGGAUGCACAGUUCGCCUUGCGCAGAGUGAUUGAGAAAUACACAAAGAGUACACGGUUUGCACUCAUCUGUAACCAUGUGAACAAAAUUAUUCCGGCACUACAAUCUCGAUGUACGCGAUUCCGAUUUGCUCCCCUUGAUCCCGUUCACGUCAGUGGACGAUUGAGACACGUCAUAGAGUCUGAACAGCUUGAUGUGACUGAAGCUGGCUUAGCAGCUCUUGUACGGCUUAGCAACGGUGACAUGAGGAAGGCUUUGAAUAUUUUGCAGGCAACACAGAUGGCCUCAAAGCACAUUACAGAAGAAGCUGUGUACCUCUGCACUGGAAAUCCUUUGCCUAAAGACAUCGAGCAAAUAUGUUUCUGGCUUUUAAACGAAUCAUUUUCAGAUGGUUUCAAACGUAUUGCUGAAAUGAAGAACCGAAAAGGAUUGGCUAUGGUGGAUAUAGUAAGAGAAGUAACAAUGUUCGUUUUUAGGAUCAAGAUGCCAUCAGAUGUACGGGUCAAGUUGAUCAAUGAUAUGGCUGAUAUAGAGUACCGGUUGACUUUCGGGUGCAGUGACAAGUUGCAGCUUGGCUCUCUUAUUGCUUCUUUCACCGGAGCUCGCUCUGCUCUAGUUGCUGCGGCAAAGUAGAAUGUCCUUUUCUAAACUUUCCCUGGGAGUGGGUGAGUCUGCUUCUGAGGUCAAACAACUAUUGAAUAUAGAGUAACUGAAUGAAGCCCAACCUACUUGAAACUAGUUGGUACGUUUUCUUUCUUAUCAUGGACCGAUUGGAGAAAUAGUACUGGCUAGGAGUUCCAUCUGCUACUCACAAAACACGAUAAACAAAGAUUGAUGUUGAAUUUUGGUUACUAAAAUCAGUUCAGGUUUCUUUCUCCUCUAGUUAACGUAGAGCCUGUACAGGUAAGUAUUUAUUUACAUUACUUCACACUGCUGUCAAGAUCUCUUCUUGACUUGCCCAGCCAACUCGUGCACAAGAGUAAAAAGCUAUACUUUACAAUAUGUACCGAUUGAUUCUAUGCUGCAAUUUACAAAGUACUGAAUACAUCUGCAC